GAUUCCGUUCAAGAUUGGGCAGCCUAAGAAACAGAUUGUACCCAAGACAAAACAACUUUCAAGCAAGAUGAUCUUACUGUAUGGACAGCCUCACAGCUGAAUCAUAGAGAGAAAUACUUAUUGAACCAAAGUGGACCCCUCACAACUUUCCUUUGUCGAGAGAGAUUUUGAACGGGAGUAUGGGAAGCUGCAGCAGCUGGAAGAUCAAACUAAGAAACUCCAAAAGGAUAUGAAGAAAAGCACAGAUGCAGACCUAGCAAUGUCAAAGUCUGCUGUGAAAAUCUCAUCUGACUUACUGUUGAACCCACUCUGUGAGCAAGACCCCAAAUUUCUUGAAAUGGUGAUGGCCCUGGACACAGCUAUGAAGAGAAUGGAUUCCUUUAACCAAGAAAAGGUGAACCAAAUACAAAAGACAGUCAUAGAGCCCUUGAAAAAAUUCAGCGGUGUUUUCCCUAGCCUGAAUAUGGCAGUAAAGCGGCGGGAACAAACUCUGCAAGAUUACAAGAGGCUGCAAUCUAAGGUGGAGAAGUAUGAAGAGAAGGAGAAGACGGGACCCAUCCUGACCAAGUUGCACCAGGCACGGGAAGAACUGAGGCCGGUGAAAGACGAAUUUGAGGCUAAGAACAAGCAGCUUCUGGAAGAGAUGCCGCAAUUCUACAGCAGCCGCAUCAAUUACUUCAAGCCAAGUUUUGAAUCUCUGAUCCGGGCUCAGGUUGUGUACUACACGGAAAUGUACAAAAUCUUUGGUGACUUGACAGAACAGAUUGAUGAGCCUGGCCUGACAGAUGAGCAGAGGCAGAAGGAGAACGAAGCCAAACUGAAUGAACUGAGGGCCCUUUCCAUUGUGGCUGAUGACUGACCUCCAACUCGGAUGCUCCAGGCUCAUCACUGCUGCUGCUGCUGCUGCUGCUUCCACGCAGGGAAAAUGGAGAUUACUUCUUGCUCCUCCUUCUCUAAAAACUUUGUCUUCUCUGGAUUUUAACCCAUUGUAUAUAUGCUUGUCCAGAUUGACAUGGCAUAUGCAGCUCUUGUGGGUUCCCUGCUGACUCUGCUUGAUCCUGGGCAAUAACCAAUCAUUGCCUUAAGACACUACUGUCAAUUGCAAGCUUUUUCACUUGUUGGCUUUCUUUCACAGCAUAUUCAAAAAUGUGUUUUUGCCUGGGUGCUUGUUGUCGUAGUUAUGCGAGACCCUGAAUCGCCAUAGUUUACCAGAUUUAACAUAGGAUUGCACCUCUGUGCCCUUAUCACAACUGAGCCUUUUCCUAGCAGUGGCAUUGUUGAGUUUGUAUGCCUUUGUGCAGUAGAAUACUGUCAAAACAAAUUUUUAUACUGAGUUGCAGUAUUUUUCUGAGCCCAGAGGAAGACAGCCAGCAUUUAUAAUGGUGGUCUCAAUGCAGCUACUUUUUCAGCACCACAAAUGUGCUGAAAAAGCCGCCCUCAGCUUAUAUGCGAGUUAGGCGGGUGGCGGUGGAGAAAGGCACAGGACCGGGGGUUCGGAGAAGAUUAAGCUAAUGAGAGAAUACCACAAGUGUUGCGCCAUUUUCUUAGGGGAAGCUGCUAUGGAAGAGAUGUUCCCUUCCUUGAUUUUCUCCCCACUUUACAACAAGGACAGCAUCUGUGCUGCUCAAUAUUUCCCACUCUUUUACAAUUAAAUAAAAUGUAUGGUGGUAGGUUA